UGUGAAGGACAAAACGUGUUUGAUUUUAUGUGUAGAAUGUUUUUGCUUUUUGUGUUUAUUAUUCUUUUGUUUAACUGUUUCCUCGAUGCCCAGCGAGAGAAACAUUACAUACACUACAAGUUUACAGCACUUUCCAGAGCAGACACUUUCCCAGAGUUCAGUGCUGUAGCUGUUACUGAUGACAGACAGAUCAAACACUACAGUAAUGAAGAAGGACACUGGAUUCUUACUGAAGAUGACUGGAUCAAUGCUCCUGAAGCACCACCUGAUUCUAGAGACUGGUUCCUCCAUCAGUUAAACACUCUUUCAAACUGCACAGACUCUCAGUGCUUUGAGCCCCAUGUUCUUCAGAGAGUAAUCGGUUGUGAACUGGAGAUGUUUCCUGAAGGAACAGUGAAUCUGAGAGCAUUUGAUGAAUAUGGGUUUGACAGAGAUGAUUUUAUGUCCUUUGAUUCUGACGCUCAGCAGUGGAUUGAGAAAAACCCCAAAGCUAAAGAAACCAAAAUGAAAUGGGAUCAGCAAACAGAACGAAACCAACACUUGAAGUAUUUCCUCAAGACCUGCACUGACUGGAUCUCCAGCUUUAACAACACAAAGAAGAGUAAACCAGACGUUCACACCACUUCAAGGAAAGCUCGUAAUGAUCAAAAUAAGCAGGUUUUGACCUGUCUGACAACUGGCUUUUACCCCAGAGAUAUUGAGAUGAACAUUAGGUUUAACAAAACUGUCCUUAAAGAUCACAGAUCUUCUGGAGUCAGACCAAAUGAUGAUGGAUCCUUUCAGAUGAGAUCCAGUGUGAAGAUCAGCAGAAGUCAAGAAGGGAUUUAUGACUGUUUUGUCAAUCACAGCAGUCUGACAAAACCAGUAGAAUGGGUGAUAAAAUGCACUGAAUGUGAAGAAUCCAAAUGGCCUGAUAAAGUAAUAGUAGCAGUAGUAGUAGCAGUAGUAGUAGUAGUACUUCUAGCUGUACUUCUGAUAGUUUUGCAGCGCUACAAAAGGAGAAGGUCAAAUGGAAAUUACACUGUGACAACAGAAACAUGAUCAUCCUCAGACACAGGCAUAAUCACAUCACAUUCAUUUUCUUUCUUUGUGUUAUGGGCAGUGAUUAGAAAAACUUUUUAAUGUGUUUUUUGCUUCUUCAUUAUGAAGAGAAACUGUAUUCCAGUCUUCUGGAUCUUUCACAUUCGAGCUGUUUCUAGUAUCUAUUAAGUUUUUAUUUUAUUUUUAAAUUGUUUUUUAAUAAGAAUACUUAAUCAUUACAGUCCUGUUAUGUUCUUUUAUUCUGAAUUGAGAUUUUUUUUUAAACUCAUUACAUUUCAGAGUUUCCUCAGAGACUCAAGAACACAGUACUUUUUUUAACCUUAUUCUCUGUUGUUGUUGUUUCAGGAGAAUGGACAUAAGAAUGGCGUAUUACUGCAGUGAAACAUCAGUGUUGGGAAAUGGAAAAACAAAGUGCAUUACACCGUUUACAUUAUUAAUUAAUAUGAAAAUUAUUAUCAUAGUCUAUGAAAAUCUUCCGUUCGUAAA